GACGUGGGAAAUCAUAAAUAUGAUUCUUCAGCAGAGUGCUGAAUAUAUUCCACGGGAGAAGAAUACCCACAUGUUAGAAUUCAACACACCGGAAGUGCUGGAGUCAAUGACGUCACCACGUGUGUUUAAUACUCAUUUAAGGCCAAAUAAUUUACCUCAACAAUUUUUUCAAAAGCGCUGUAAGACAGUUUUUGUUCAACGAAAUCCCAAAGACGUAGCUGUUUCGUUUUAUUAUCACUGUAGGGAUAAGAUAAAUUUUCGUGGUACCUUCUUACAGUUUAUGGACUUUUUCUUGGAAAAACACGGGUUAGUGUAUCAUUCUGCCUGGCCUCUGUAUACAUUAGAAUGGGAAAAGUACUUUAAAGAACACCCGGACCACCCUGUACAUUGUAUCAUGUAUGAAGAUUUACAACAGGAUCCAGUCAGUGAAAUAAAGCGUUUGGUUGCCUUCUUGGAUAAACCAUGUGACGAUCAACUUGCCAAACAGAUCGCUGAAAAAUGUUCUUUUCAAAACUUAAAGGCCGCGUCCACCAAUUUGAAAGAAACGUCUGGCAGUGUGUCAAUGUAUAGAAAAGGGAAAGUGGGAGACUGGAAAAAUCAUUUUACUGUUGCCCUGAACGAAGAGUUUGACCAAUACCUACAACAGAAUAAGACAGAUUCAAGAUACAUGGAGGAUGCCUCUAUUUAUGGCACAACGGUGUCCAAGGAAGAUGUCAUCAAAGUCGCCGACGGUCACGGAAAUAUAAUGGAGUUAAUAGAAUCUGGAGGCCAAUGCCUCAAUGCAACGAGGGUUCUCAAGGGAAAUUAUCCAAACCCAAAGACCAAUUUUCCAAAGCUUAAAGAAAUGAAUGUCAGUUCUGACGACUUUUUCUUGUGUGCUUAUCCUAAAGCAGGAACACACUGGACAUGGGAAAUUAUGAGUAUGCUUCUUAAACAAAGUGCUGAAUACCACCUUAAAGAAAAAGAAAGCUACAUGCUGGAAUUCCACACACCAGAAGUACUGGAGUCCACCAUUUCACCUCGAGUGUUUAACACUCAUUUUUACCCCAGUAAUCUACCUAAACAAAUGUUACAAAAACGAUGUAAGGUAGUUUUUGUUCAGCGCAAUCCAAAAGACGUGUCAGUAUCGUUUUACCAUCAUUGUGUCGACAAGAUAAACUUCCAUGGCUCCUUUGAGCAGUAUAUGGAUUUUUUCAUGGAGAAACACGAAGCAAUGUAUUUCUGCGCCUGGACGACCUAUACAUUAGCGUGGGAAAAGUACAUCAAAGAGCAUCCGGACCAUCCAGUCCAUUGUAUUAUGUACGAAGAUCUACAACAGGAUCCAAUAAGUGAAAUAAAGCGAUUGGCAUUGUUUAUGGAUAAACCAUGUGACGAAGAACUUGCCAGCAUAAUUGCUGAAAAAUGUUCUUUUCAAAAUCUAAAGACAGCGGCGGCCAGUGUAAAAGAAGAUACAAAGGGAGUGUCAUUAUAUAGAAAAGGUAAGGUAGGAGAUUGGAGGAAUUAUUUUACUGUUGCCCUGAACGAAGAGUUUGACAAAUACCUACAACGGCAUAAGACAGAUUCAGUAUAUAAAUACAAAAUUUGA